AUGUCGGUAGCAAAGCCAAUCCUCAUCUCAGGCUCCGGCCUCGCAUCUCUUCUUCUCGCCCAAUCUCUUCGCCUAUCCAAAAUUCCAUUCCGAAUCUUUGAGCGCGAUGAGUCGUUCAUCUUUCGCGCCCAAGGUUAUCGGCUCCGUCUCUCUACGGAGGGUCUCGACGCAAUCGAGUCAGUCCUUGAUGCCAAGACGUGGGAGCACUUUUGGGACAAGUGCGGCAAGACUGGAGGUAGUGGCUUCGCCGCUUUUGAUGCCGUGACCGGAGAGCAGACGGAGCAUGUUGUGCCUGAGAAGCUUGUGUCGCGGGGUGGAAAGGUUGUCGGCAUUGCGCGAGGAGAUAUGCGCAAGAUUUUUGCUGAAGGUUGUGAAGAUCACAUCGAGUGGUCUAGGAAUGUCACAGGCUACGAGUUGACUGAUGAUGGUGUCCGGGCCAUUUUCUCCGAUGGUACCAAGUCGAUUGAGGGCUCAAUGCUCAUCGGUGGUGAAGGCAUCUACUCCAAAGUUGCAAAGCAGGUCUCGGGCGGCAAGCUCAAGGUCUACGACACCGGCGCCAGAGGUAUCCACGGUCAGGCACCAACCACCGCAUUCAAGGGACUCGGCGAAGGCGUAUUCAGACUGCGAGACGCCACGCGUCCAGACGGUGCUGUCUUCAUCAUCACCAACGUUCGCCCAAGUGAGAUGGACGACCCAAAUGUCGAGUUCGGCUGGACCAUGGGAGGAGAACCAGGUGUGAUCCGCGCUCCCAACGACGACUACAGCAUUGUGGGCAAGCAGGCUGCAGAAAUUGCCAAGUCCAUGUCCAAAGACUGGCACCCGCGUUUCAAGCCACUAUUUGACGAGAUGAACGAGUCUGAAGCUGCGUUCUGGAAGAUCACCUGUUCCACUCCCUCAGGCGUUCCAGAGUGGCCCAACGAGCCUCGUGUGACUGUCAUUGGAGAUGCUGCCCACUCCAUGACUCCUGCAGGAGGUAUCGGUGCCAACACCGCUGUGCGCGACUCGGCGCUGUUGGGAAGAUUGUUGCGUGAGGCUGGAGGGUACAAACCUGGUGUUACGGCUGCUUAUGAGAAGGAGAUGAGGGUUUACGCGAGCGAGGCCGUUAAUGAGAGUUAUACCGGUGCUUCGGGUGCGUUUGGUAUCAAGAUUGACGAGGAGACCAGCCCUGUUGUGUAG